CUGCGUCCACACUGUUCCCGCCACCUGCCAAAAGCUAUGUGAUGGAGAAACCGCAAGACCGGAGCACAACUGAUGCAGGUGUCAAGCCGGGCACUAGUGACGCAGGUGAACGGCCGGAGCAGACUGCACCUUUACCCGCAGUGGAAAUCCCCAGCAUAAAUCUGCGCACUUCCAGGCUCCCAGUCAAUGUCGGUGUCCCCUACAGCCCAAACAAGAAGAUUGUCAUGAAAGCUGCUGCUGAUACCGCUGACAACACGCCCCGCCCUGCAAAUAAGCCCGAUCAUUCUGUAGCGGCCGAUUCAGAUAUGUUUGUCGAUCUUUCACCAUUGGAUUCUGCCCCGCAAAUCGUUCGUGGUCCGGCCAGUAGAAAUAAGAGGCACCCAAUGGCAUUUACCCCACCGAGCUUCAGCCUUGGCAUCAGUCAAGAUCAACCGGUGGUGCAAGAUCCUUUGUCAGUUGCCUUUGCUUUCUCAGGAGGCAUGCCCGCAAUGAUGGCGCAGCCAAUGGUCGAGGGCAGGAAGGCUGUCAAGUUCGCGGAGCCGAUUGUGCAAGGCACCCCUGAGGAGAUUUCACCGUCACUUGAAGAAACUUACCGCAAGAUCGAGGAGGCAGCAUUGCAGAGGAGUACCUCACGAGGGCAAGGGCAAUCAAGUUCCAACGUGCCUGCAGAUAUGGCAUCUGAGGAUACCAUCAGGAGUGCCACCCCUGGUCCUGUGAGGCAGCAGAGGGUAGUUCACCCACCUCCCGCGGAAGACUACAAGCCCGAAAUUAGGGCCACUAAGGAACAGACCCAGCUGUACGAUAUCAUCAAGCGUUUUGGAAAUGCUAGGGCCAGCAGCAAGCACAUGAAGGAGCUGAAAGCAACCAAAGUCAUUCAAUGCGGAGCGACGUACGUCGAUCUGGGUGAUCUUAUGUUUUCAUGUGGCAACAGCUGCCGUGCACAUUGA